AUAGCGUAGAGAAUCAUGAAGUGGAAUUUUUUUAAUGGAGACUGGCAGAGAGUAGAACAUUUAGGAUUUUCAAAAGCACGGAGACUAAAAUGAACAUCAAACAUAAAAUGAACGUUUAAGGAUUAAAGUAAACGAAAAGUAGGAGUAGUUAAAAGAUUUUAGUCCCUGCCUUCCCCAUUCUCCAGUCUUGGCUUGCAUUUCCCAUUCACAGUUGGCUCUCGCGGCAGAGGCAGACCAUCGGCGCUACACCAAUCGAACAAAUUACCUUUGCAUUUCACUUGGGGCAGAAUUGAAAGACCGAACCGAUGUGCAUUCCGUCUCAUCAGGCCCGGUUGUGGUCCGGCAACUUUCCGGCCCAACCCAUUUAGAGUUAUUCUAGUGGGCUGGCCGGAGUUGGGGACCGAAGAAGCCACAAUUUUUCCCUCUUCGACUUCUUCUGGAAGUCCGAUCCGCCGGACGACGUGGGGGUUCCUAUGGAAACUACUUCCAGAUCGCCGUCGCCAACGCGUUCGCGCGGCGGACAUAGACACAGUGGCUCCGGCAAUGGGGACGAACGGCCGAGAUUUUUCGACACCAAAGCGAAAGCCAUUUGUUGGGCCAAGGCCGACAUUGUCCCCGGUCGGCACCCCGACCGAUGGCGUAAGGACGCCGCGGGUAACGUCGUCUGCAAGCGCUUCUGCAACUGCCAGGGCUGCCUCUGCUUCGAGUACGAUCACAUUGUCCCCUUCUCCAAAGGCGGCGAGUCAACGGCAGAGAAUUGCCAGAUUCUUCAAACGAGGGUUAACAGAUUCAAAUCGGAUAAAGAUGAUGUCGAUGCAUCUCAGUUGAAAGGCUACUCCUGUGAUGUCAGGUUUACCGACAAGGAACUUGACAUAAUUGAAAUGGCUGUUUAUGGAGACGUAAUCCGGCCAGGGAACCAGUGUCGUUGUAGAACAGUUUCAGAAAUGCUGGGACAGUAUAAAUCAAAGGACCGCCUGGCCCCCUGCAAGCUGCCAUCUAGUGAAGAUUCUUUAUAACAAAAAGAAGAGUUGAAAUUGUAGCAAGUUUUCCCAUAUGUCAUAGAUCUGUAAUUUAUAAUACAAUGACUUGAUUGCAUACAAUGUCACGUAUUUGAAAUAUGGAUGAAUGUAAUUAAUUUGAAAGACUAAAUUAGGAUUUAAAUAA